GGUCACCCGACGCAAGGACUCCUGCGAGCUGUUCUUGCAUCAUACUGUUUGGUUCUGGCGCUUGGCCCUUGAUGCGAACGACAAGUAUUUCUUUCCACUCUCCUGUCCGUCCUCUUCCUCUCCCACCACAACGCAAAACAAACAAUCACAACUCACACCAGCCUCCACCUCCACCUCCACACCACAGUCACCCAAACACAACCCACCGACACCAUCAAGAUGCAGUUCAAGUACUUCCUCGCUGUCCUCCCAGCCCUCGUCCUCGCCCAAGAAGAGACAACCACCGGCCCAAUCGACGCAGCAACAUCUGUUAUCAGCGACAUCGCUGGUUCUGCUUCCAGCGUGGCGUCUUCGGUCUCCGAAUCUAUCACCUCCGACGCCAGCUCAAGCGCAUCGGCAAGCGCAUCUUCAGAGGCAAUCCAGAGCUCUAUCGAGUCCAUCCAGUCCAGCGCCUCGUCUGAGAUCGAAAGCAUUCAAUCAGAGGUCGCAAGCGCCACCGAGAGCCUCGCUGAAGAAGCCACUGGAACCGCAUCAGGCUCCGAGUCUAGCGAGGCCGGUGCUUACCAGACCGCUGCUCCAGUGCUCGCCGCCGGUGUCAUGGCCAUGCUUGCUGCUUUGUAGAGACAUCGUUCAGAACACAAGCCUUCAGCCUCACAUGCACCACCGCCCUACUUCACACUACGUGGCAUUGACAUCCGAAGGGACGACAGAUGGAAUGAUAUCACGAACAGAAGAAGAGAUUGUAUCAGUCAACGGAGUGACAGGACACAACACCAGCAAGAUUCCCCACGAGUGGACAGUGGAGUAGAGAAGUAAUGACAGUAGCGAUCAAUUGAACAUUUUGAGUCGUCGUCUCGUG